AUGAUGGAAGAACAUGAUCUUGAACAAACGGUUAGAGAAAGCCAGCGUAUUAAUGUACUUAUAGAGCUUUCUCUUGAUGGAAGACUUAAGUGGCUAAGUCCUUCGUGGAAGGAGAUUGUUGGAAUUGAUUCGGAACAGGCUCUUGGGCGGCCUAUAUCUGAUUUUUUAGUUGGAGAUGAUAAUAUAUUUGCACAUGCUAUUAAUGUGUUAUUGGAGGAUGAUUCACAUAUUUUUAGAAUUUACUUUAAUAUUAUUACUAACCUAUCACCUGUUAAUGAAACUGAAAGAAGUAUUUCUUUUGCUUCUAAUAAUAAAGAAACUGCAUCUUCUAAAGACAAGAAUGAUCUUUCUUUUCGUGAAAAUUUAACAGGAGUCCUUGAAAUGGAAGGUCAUGGUAUACUUAUUCGUGACAGAUUUACAUCGAAUGCUAUACAUACAAUGUGGAUAGCACGUCCUGUUAUAGAUAUCGAAUCUAUAGUUGUAAAUUUUGAUGAAGGACUUAUUAAAACUCUUGGGUUUGGCUCUCAUGUUUUAUCUCACUUUUUAGAAGCAUUAGCGAAUGGGGAUUCCCAGAAUACGACAUUGCUUCCUGUUCUUUGUAGAAUAUGCGAACGUCAGAUACAACCUUGGUUUUUUGAAAAGCAUACAGAAUUGUGUACUGUGCUUCAUCGGACAGAGUCUAUUGUUCAGGAAUGUCAGGAUAUUCUUCAAGAUCAUCGAAAAAUUCUUGAAAAUAUUCUUAAUUUUAUUAAAGAAAAUAGAAAUGAUUCAAGAAUGAUUGAAUAUAGAAACUAUCCUAUAAAGUCUAUACCAAUAAUUAACAUUUUACCAAAAACUUUAGAGUCCUUUGAUUCACAUGAUGUUUAUAUUUCACAAAUACGUUUUCUGGAGAUGCUUAUAGAUUACUGUGAAAUCGCAUUGAAAAUAAACUUACCUGCAAUAAAAAAUGAAUUUGCAAAUAUUCCAGUAGACGAAAUUCGUAUUCAAUCUCCAGAAUCUCAGAAACGCAUAUCAUUAAUAUACAACUGGUGUCCUCCUAAUGUUGAAGAUAUAGGUCUAUAUCAUCUCUGUAGAGAUACUAAAACAUAUAUAUCUGCUAAGGUUGAUGCUGUAUUACGUGUACAAAAUAUUAUUCAGUAUUCUGAAAGAAUUCGUCAAGAACUUGACACCCAAGUCCAAAAUAUUAUUGAUGAAACUAUACAAAAACUAGAAGAAGAAGUAAUUUUACCUUCAGAAGAAUCCGAAUGUGAAUCUGAAAUAUCUUUUCGACAGAAGUAUUCCAAUACAACUGGUGAUUUUUUAGAGUCUUUGAAACCUUCUGCAAUAGAGAGAGAAAGUGAAGCCUUACUAUUAACUGUUCCUAAAGAAUCGCCAAUUUUAAGGAGUCCUGUUUUACAAAAAAGUUCUGAAUUAAAUACUAUCGAUAACAAAAAUUGUCUUAAACUUUCAGCAAUAAAAAAUUCACCACCUUUACUUAAUUGUGAUGAAGUAUCUUUACCGCUUGAUCUUAAAAAAAAAAGUGGAAUUUAUGGAUCGCCGAGACGUAAACCUUCUCCUGUUCGAUAUAUUUCAUCUCAUAGACAAAUUUCUCCACAUAGAAAUAUAUCACCAUCAAGAAGAGUAUCUUCUCUCAGCUCAUCACCACUAAAAUUUCACAGGCAUCAUUCAUCUAUAUGUGAUUUAACUCCUAUUACAUCUCCAUUAUUAUCAUGUUCAGAUUUUUCUCCUUUAUUAGGUGAUCAAGCUACAAAUUUUUACCAACGUUAUUGUUCUUAUACAUCUGAUAUAACUAAUCGAAUACCACCUCUAUCACCAAAAAUCACAUCAAUAACACCUACAGUUCGGACCAUUCCUUCUAUUAAAGAUUUUGAAAUUAUUAAACCAAUUAGUAAAGGCGCAUUUGGUAGUGUUUAUUUAUCUAAAAAAAAGGCUACUGGCGACUAUUAUGCUAUCAAAGUUCUUAAAAAAGCUGAUAUGAUAGCUAAAAACCAAGUAAUAAAUGUACGCGCAGAACGUGCGAUUCUUAUGGCUCAAGGGGAGUCGCCAUUUAUUGUUAAACUUUUUUUUACGUUUCAAAGCAAGGAUUAUCUCUAUUUAGUUAUGGAAUAUUUGAAUGGGGGUGAUUGUGCAGCUCUUAUAAAAGCAUUAGGAACUCUUUCGGAAAAUUGGGCUAAGAAAUAUAUCGCGGAAGUUGUUCUUGGAUUAGAGUUUUUACAUAAUAAGGGUAUUGUUCAUAGAGAUCUUAAGCCUGAUAAUCUUCUUAUCGACCAACGAGGUCAUUUAAAAUUAACUGAUUUUGGUUUAUCAAGAAUAGGUUUAAUAAGACGGCAACAUCAUGUUAAUGAUAUUUCUAAUGAAUCUAUUCUUGAACCUUUUGCUCUUCAUUUAUCUAAUUCUUCUCGUUCUACAUCUUGCGAUUAUGGAAAUCAAUCGUUUUUUUCUGCAAGUGCAGUGUCAUUAGAAUCUUCAUUUCAAACUACAAAUAUACAAAGUUCUACAAAUUUAAAAAAAAGUGGGUCACAUAUUUCUGAAGACCAUAGUGAUUUUGGUUUAAAAAUUGAAGGAGACAUAUGUAAUAUAUCUAAUUCAUUCAGCAAAUUCAAUUUGGAUGAACAUAAAAAACAUUUUCUUGAAGAGGAUACUGCAAGUUUUGUUAGUAGCACUUCGAGUAGUUUUGGAACUUCCAAUUUUCACUCAAAUAUUAUUGUUCCUGUAACAGGUCUUGGGAAUCAGCCUUUUUUGAGUCUUUUUAAUCCGAAUGAUACAACAAGGAAAUUUGUUGGAACUCCGGAUUAUCUUUCUCCUGAAACUAUUAAUGGUAAAGAUGAGGAUGAUACUGGUGAUUGGUGGUCUUUAGGAUGUAUUCUUUUUGAAUUCCUUUACGGUUAUCCUCCAUUUCAUGGAAAUACUCCUGAAGAAGUAUUUGAGAAUAUCCUUUCUAGAAGAAUAGAUUGGCCAGAAACAGAUGAUAUUGUAGUUUCGGAUGAUGCAAAAGAUCUAAUGAAUAAACUUAUGUGCUUGGAUCGGUCACAAAGAUUAGGAUCUAAAGGUCCAGAUGAAGUUAAAUCUCAUCCUUUUUUUUCUACUAUAAACUGGAAUACUUUACUUGACGAAGAUACUUCUUUUAUUCCUGUGCCAUUGGAUCCGGAGAAUACUGAAUAUUUCGAUGCUCGUGGUGCAGUACUUGAAAAAUUCGAUGAUGAAGUAGAAAUUUCUAAUGUUCAGAUUGAUAAAAAUAUUUCCAAUUCCUUAGAAACAGCUUUUCAACAUAAUUCUAAUAUAAAGAAUGACUCAGUAUCUCAUAACAUGACUUCAUAUUCUGAGAAUCUUAUCUCAAAUACUCAAAAACCAAAUGAAGCAUCUAGAACUGAUGAUUUUGGCACAUUUUUGUUUAAAAAUUUAGAAGUUCUUGAAAAAGCUAAUAAGGAUGUUAUUCAGAGGUUGCGUUCAGAACAUUCAUUGCAGGCUCCACCUAUUGCUUUAUAUGUCGAUACAGAUUAUCAGAAACAUCGCCACAGAUCAAUUUCUACUAUUAUUCCUAAAGAAUCUUCAUCAACAUCACCAACAUCAUCUGCUUCUAUAUUUUCUACAUCUCCUAAUUCUUUAAUGACAAAAGUGUCUCUUUUUUCAUCAUUUCCUGCUUCACCACUUAAUUCAUUUUCAUCUCUUACUAAAACUAGGAAACGUUUUUCUGCAAAUAUACCAAUUCUAAUGUUAAAAGAUGAUCAUCCAAAAGUGUUUAGGCAUACUAGGAAUUCAUCUUCAUCAAAUAUCGAUGAUUCGUUAUUUAGUAAAGUAAUUUUAAAAAAUACUACUACACGCCGUCGAAGUACAAUGCCUCCAAGAAUGAGGCCAUUUAUUAUGAAAGGUCAAACAGAUAAUGCUUUUUUUUCAGAUCCGUGUAGCACCACUAAGAGCUGUCAAGCAAAUGAAUUUUGGUCUUCAUCAUCUGAUAAUGAAGAAAUGAGAAAUAGUACACUUUUAAGAAUACAAAGAAGGCGGCCGCAUUUUAAACGGCUUUCUGUGUCUUUUUUGAAUAAUAAUUUUACUAGGCCAUUGGAUGUAUUAAUAUGCGAAAAUAAUCCAGUAUCUAAAAAACUUCUAGAAACAAUCCUAGAAAAACUUGGUUGUCGCAUUGUUAGUGUAUCUGAUGGGACAGAAGCUAUUAGUUAUGCUAAUGGCGAUGUAAAAUUCGAUGUUAUUUUUACUGGCAUAAUUAUGCCGAGAUUAUCUGGUAUUGAUUUGGCUAAAAUGAUUGUCGAAAGUGAAAGUAUUAAUAGCACUACUCCAAUUAUAGCAAUGCCUUCAUUGAUGGAUAAUAUUCCAAGACCUAAUUAUUUUGUUUCACAAUUAGAAAAACCUCUUAGCUUAACAUCAGUAAAAAAUGAAUUGGAAAAAAUUUGCAAUUGGAAAUAUCAUGAAGGCCCUUUAACUACUUUCGACUCUGGUUCCCUCAAACAUUCAUAG